AUGCUUGGGUGUGUCUCACAAGACACGGCAUGGCUGCUUCACUUCUUCCGGCUUUGGGCUACUUGGAGCCGUUGGCCAAGGUGGGCUGCUCGCAGAGGACAAGAUUGUCGGCACAUUCGAGGCAGCAAGCGGCGGGUUGCCUGGAAGGCCUCUGUUGCGCUCAAGCCAUGGAGUGUUUUGUCGAUGGCGCACGAGAUGUCGGUACCCUUCAUUUCCUACAAGGUGCAAGUCGCUGUACAAGGUACAAGGUACAUGUCGCUGAUGUGUGUCGUCGAAGACAAAUUUAACCGUUGCUGCAUGAGAGGUCAGAAGCAGGCAUGCCUAUCAGCACAUUCGCGUUGA